GGUAUAAAAAAAGUACUGAAGACAUUUCCCCCGCACAACUGCUAAAGCUCCAGAGACGCGAGUGUGCGCGGUGGCAUCGGCGGCGUCGAGAGCCGCCACCUCCGAGACCACCGCAGCGGGGGCGCGGGCGGGGCGCAGGCAAGGGGCGGGAACGCUCUGGGCGCGGCGGGGGUCGGCGCGGAGAAGUCGCGGGCCGCUGCCGGGAGCGCACUCGCAGCUCCUGCGAAGUGUGUCCGCCUCGCGGUUCCUCGCUCGCCUGCGCUCCUAGAAGGGACGGCUGCCUCCAGGUGACACAGACGGGACUCUCGCUUGUGCUUUCCAGAUGCAUCAGAGAUACUUUUGGAUUGACCAAGGCCAAGUGGCGUUCGGCGGGCACUACAUGGCUGAGGGCGAAGGGUACUUUGCCAUGGCAGAGGACGAGCUGACCAGCGGCCCCUACAUCCCCCUGGGUGGUGACUUCGGCGGCGGCGGCAGCUUUGGCGACCGCUGCUCGGACUAUUGCGAAAGCCCCACGGCGCACUGCAACGUGCUGAACUGGGAGCAAGUGCAGCGGUUGGACGGCAUUCUGAGCGAGACCAUCCCGAUUCACGGGCGCGGCAACUUCCCCACGCUCGAGCUGCAGCCGAGCCUGAUUGUGAAGGUGGUACGGAGGCGCCUGGAGGAGAAGAGCAUAGGUGUCCGCGACGUGCGCCUCAACGGCUCGGCCGCCAGUCACGUCCUGCACCAGGACAGUGGCCUUGGCUACAAGGACCUGGACCUCAUCUUCUGCGCUGACCUACGUGGGGAAGAGGAGUUUCAGACUGUGAAGGACGUCGUACUGGAUUGCCUGUUAGACUUCUUGCCCGAAGGGGUGAACAAGGAGAAGAUCACACCGCUCACUCUCAAGGAAGCUUAUGUGCAGAAAAUGGUUAAAGUAUGCAAUGAUUCUGACCGGUGGAGUCUUAUAUCCCUGUCAAACAACAGCGGCAAAAAUGUGGAGCUGAAGUUUGUGGAUUCCCUCCGGAGGCAGUUUGAAUUCAGUGUAGAUUCUUUUCAAAUCAAAUUAGACUCUCUUCUCCUCUUUUACGAGUGCUCAGAGAACCCAAUGACGGAGACAUUUCACCCCACCAUAAUCGGAGAGAGCGUCUAUGGUGAUUUCCACGAAGCCUUUGAUCACCUUUGCAACAAGAUCAUUGCCACCAGGAACCCAGAAGAAAUCAGAGGAGGAGGCCUGCUUAAGUACUGCAACCUCUUAGUGCGGGGCUUCAGGCCUGCCUCCGAGGAGAUCAAGACCCUCCAGAGGUACAUGUGUUCCAGGUUUUUUAUUGACUUCUCAGACAUCGGAGAGCAGCAGAGAAAGCUGGAAUCCUACUUGCAGAACCACUUCGUGGGCUUGGAAGACCGCAAGUAUGACUAUCUUAUGACCCUUCAUGGAGUGGUAAACGAGAGUACGGUGUGCCUGAUGGGACAUGAAAGGAGGCAGACUUUAAACCUUAUCACCAUGCUGGCAAUCCGGGUGCUAGCUGACCAAAAUGUCAUUCCUAAUGUGGCUAAUGUCACUUGCUAUUACCAGCCGGCCCCCUAUGUCGCAGAUGCUAACUUUAGCAAUUACUACAUUGCACAAGUUCAGCCAGUGUUCACAUGCCAGCAGCAGACAUAUUCUACUUGGUUACCCUGCAAUUAAGAAUCAUUUAAAAAUGUCCCAUGGGGAAGCCAUUUCAAGCAAGAUAGGAAAAAAUUAAAGGAAGAAAAAAAUAAAGAAAGAAAUAAAGAAAAAAAUAUGAAACAACACCAAAAAGGGGAGUGACCCAGUCCUAAUUAGGGAUGUGUUUUGUGCACUGAGGACUUGCUCCUGAUUUUAAAGUUGGCAAUGCUUAUGGAUCUUUCCAUCGGUAAGGGAGCAUGAUCUCAAGUCUGUCAGGCUCAUGAGCCAACCACCCCACCUACGGUCUCUACCCAAUUGGAUUGUGUUUUGAAACAAAAGAGGCCUGUUAGUAAAAGCAGCCAGGUUCUCCCAAAAUAACAAGAGAAUUAAAAGAAAAAAAAAAAAGAAAAAGAAAAAAAGACAUGAUUUUGACAAUAUGGGUUUCCACAACUACUCCCAUAGCUCUGCCGUAGGGAGGGGGAAUGGUGGACAAACAUUUAAGAUGGCAUUCACAAAUGGGAAAAUACAGAGGAGGAAAGAUUAGCCUAUCCCUUGAGGAGGUCAGAAAGUAGAGGAGGAAAGCAGGGUUACUGGUAGGGAUUACCAUCUGUCUUGCAGAGAGUGCUCUUUGCAAUGACCCUGUUUUCCUCAUAGAAACAGCUCAAUCCAAACCUACAGUAAGUAGCUCCAUGCUGUCCUCAUAACAAACAGCAGAACUUAAGGAUGGCAUGACCCAUUAAUUCCAGCUUCGUGCAUCGCUUGCGGGUUUUUUUGUUUUGUUUUGUUUGUUUGUUUUUUUUUUAAAUAUGAAGACGCAAGCAAAAAAAAAAAACCAGCUGUAGCCAAGAAACCAUGCUCAAGGACCAAAGAUUUAACAGAUAAAUAUCCCCCAGCAGAAGAGAUAGAAUAGGAUAUAUACAGAGUUACUAUAUUUGUUACACACCAAUACACAUCAAAGUGCCUGUUGCUUUCAGAAGAUUUGAAGUGGAAAAGGUUAUUUUAUGGUUUAAUAAUUAUUUUAUUUUAUCAGGGACUCAAGAAAAAAUUAAAACAACAUAUAAGCUUGUGAAUGGUGGAGGAAGUGCCCUUCUUUGGCAAAUACCUAUAUAAAGUUGAUAUUGUUUGGUGUGAUGUUAUCAUAGGUACGUAUAUAUUGUUUGUGUGUAUACACACACAUAUAUGUGAUAUGUAUGUAUAUAUACACACACUACUUUUGUCUAUGACCUAAAAUAAUGUAUCAAAUAGGAAAAUUUUAAGUACAGUACUUUUUAUGUUUUGGUAGGAUCUUAGAAGACAUGGGCAUACUGCAAUGAUGACUUAAAACUCAUAUAAAAAUAAGACAAGUGGCGGGAAAUGAGUAAUAUAUUUGAUAAGAAGAACAGAGAUUAUACAUUUUUAGUGAGUUUUUUUUUCAGUGAACCAGAGAACUUCAUAAAUGGGAGAAUAUUUGGUAGUAUACUUUAUAAUUGACUUGACCUGACAUUUUGACAGUCUAAGCCUCUCCCCCUUAAAUAAAUAGAAUCACAUGCCUUCAAGGCUUAGAACUUAGAUCAUGGACCAGAGAAAGGAUAAUUAAAUCUAUAACUACUAAAAAAGAAUUUCUGGAACCUGAACACUACUUCUUAAUAUUUAAAUGAAAAUACAAAUGAGUGUAUUCUGCAUUUUGGACCACUAGAAUUUAAUAAAUGUGAAAUGACCCUUUUUAAAGAGUAUUUGCACAACUACAUAAAGUUUAUAUAUAGAAUAUAUAUUAUAUAUAUACAUUUUAUAAACUUAUCCAAUAUGAAAUACCUUUGAUCUGGUUGUCACACUGCAUAGAAAUAUUUAGUACUGUACCUUAAAUUAAAUCACUUUGUAUUCAAUCAAACCCAACUUCAAGUUUUCUCUCCCAAGAGACCAUUUGUAUACCUUUGUGACAUAAACUUUCAUGUUCAGUGACAGCUAAAAUCCUUUCCCAGCCCUGUAGACACUGGUCUCUGAAAAAUACAUUUCAAAAACAAAACAAAUGCAUUAAAAACCUUCUUUUCUUGUUGUGAAACAAUCACACUGUCCCCUUGAACCUUCAUGAGUGACAGCAAAGUACGCUAAUUCAUCUGCAGAGCCAGUCAGUUACAGAGAAGCUAGGGAGAAUUUAACACUCUCACAUUGGCAUGAUGUUUUCUCUCAGCAUUUCUCAGCUUCUCAUGGCCAGAUUAGUCUAGGUUGAUGUGUCUGGACCACCCUUCUGUGCAUCUGUAUCUGAAGCCUUACCAGGACCUGAGUGGCUUGAUGUAACAGCUUCCCUGUGAAUCCUCACUAAGCUGUCACAGCCCCCAACACUGCCAUUCUCUUUUAUAGGAAACUGAUCCUACUCCCAUGGUGGUCCAAUUAUCCCCUUCACUGCCCUGCAUUUGAAAGAUCAAUUGGAAAGUCCCAGGAAACAUUUGUUCAGCAGAUUAAGCCUGGAACUCACCUAUCAGAAACCAUAGUCAAGCCUGUUUAGCUCUCCUGCAAGUUCUCCUGGACUGCUGGGGGGGGGGGAGGGGGCAGAGGCUCAUCUGACCACCUGGUUUCUGCUCAUGCUAACUCUGCAUGUACGAGUUGUCCACUGUUUUGAAAAGUCUGGAGAUCUUGGGCUCUGCCAUAGUAGCAACCUGCUGUUAAUUUACAGCACAGGUUUUUGUUUGAAGGGGCCUUAGUAGAAAAUAUGUCUUUCAUUUACAUUCUCAAGUAUUUAUAUUCCUUGCUUGCUUACUUUAAUGGCUGGUAGCUUAGUCAAAAGUACCAGGACAUGGCAUUCACAUAGAACAGGCUGUGUUCAAGACAACUUUUGGCAUUUACUUUAACCCUUAUAUAAUUUAUUUCUAUUUGUGCAUACUAUAGUCCUGUGCAUAUGUAGUUGAACAUGCAAUGGAAUAUAUGUCUCUCUUUGUGGAUGUGUGGCCUAAAUAAUCUGAAUGUCUGAGCAAAGGACGCUCUCUCUACAUUUAAUCAGUGCCCAUGGUUUGUUUGCCUUUGUGUUUAUCUGGCCUAGUGCACUGUAACUUUGAAACAGGGAGAAGUUUUGCCUUCUGGAGGUUCUUCUCAUGUGUCCAGUCUGGCAUGUCAGAGAACACUUAGCCUGUGACUGUGUCUUUUUACAAAGUUUACUUCAUCUGCAGUAAAUUCAACUGCCUCAAGAACUCUUGCAGGGGGAUGGACUUUCAAAAGUUGAAUGGAGCGCUUGCUCUCCUUGGUAUAGUUAGAUUGUUUUGACCUGGGUCCAAAAAACCCACAAGGAUGGGCACAAGCCAAGAAGGAAAUGAAAUGAAAUGAAAAGUGAACAUACUGGUUUUUUUGCCACCCCUUCUGUUUGCUGUUGUUGGUUGCUUUACUGUGCAUAUCCUUGUUUUAAUGCAACGCUUAUUAAAUAAAUAUUGUGAACUAUUUUGUAAAUGAAAUGUAUUGUGUUAAAAGCUGUCAGCAGCUGUCAAAAAUAAGCUUUUGUUGUGAAAGAAAAAUGUGUGUUAGAUAAAAACAAAACAAAAAAAAGCCAAAAAUAUCCUGUUUUUAUAAUAUAGCACCUAUUUGAAUAUACUCUUUCUUUAAUAUUUCUUUUAGCAUCACAAUUUCAGUGCUGUGGAGGGAUCUCUGUGUCACAUGUUGUCAUGGUAAUGGCUUGCUAAGAAAUAAGUGAUAACCUUACAAAGUGGGCGGUGGUGAGGGACUUGAGGAUACUUGCUGCAAAGCUUCGCAGAAUGUAAGAGGCUCUCCUUACUGCUGACCCUCCCUCCCACCUCCCUAGACCCAUUGCCUGCUCCGAGUUGUCCUACUACAGCAAGCUGCACCCUGGGUCACUCUUGGAAUGUUUUGACAAUUGUGUGUCACAGGCAGUCAAAGGAGUUGUCGGAAAAUGGACUCUUCAAAACUGACAUGUUCAUAUCAGUGCUAGAGGGAACAGAUUGUGAAUUUUGUUUACAGCAUCCAAUAUUUGGAUUUUUGUUUUUGUAAAUAAAAAGAAGUUAUUUUUUUCUAUUGA